UUCCAGGGUCUCUCCUCUCGCUCCGACAGAAAAGAAAAAGAAAAAAAUGUCAUUAGAAGAGGCGUAACACGUCAGUCCGUCCCCAGGAGCUGCAUCUUCCCUUCACCUUUUCUCCUCUACUUCGCGGCUUCUUCAUGCUUUUUCUUCUCAUCAUUUCUGGCCAAAACUACAAACAAGACCUCGCAGAGCCUGCGUGCUGCUGAAUCAGGGAGUCGAGCCCAUGCGAACUGCCAUCUGAUCCACUCUUAUCAAUGAAGCAGCAGAUCAUGGCGGAUGGCCCCAGGUGUAAGAGGCGAAAACAAGCCAACCCCCGGAGGAAAAACGUAGUGAACUAUGAAAAUGUAGUGGAAACGGGUUCAGAAACAGAUGAGGAGGACAAGCUACACAUUGCUGAGGACGAGAGUGCUAUCAACGCGCUGGACCAGGAAACCAGCCCGGCCAGCGUGCCCAACCAUGAGUCUUCCCCGCAUGUGAGCCAAGCAACGUUGCCCAGAGAGGAAGAGGAAGAUGAAAUGAGGGAAAGUGGAGUAGAUCACACCUGGCACAAUAAUGAGAUCCUGCAAGCCUCUGUAGAUGGUCCAGAAGAAAUGAAGGAAGAUUAUGACACUAUGGGGCCUGAAGCCGCAAUUCAGACCACUCCAAACAAUGGUACAGUGAAGAAUGCAAAUUGCACGUCGGACUUUGAGGAGUACUUUGCCAAGAGGAAACUGGAGGAAGGAGAUGGGCAUGCAGUCAGCAUAGCGGAGUACCUGCAGCGCAGCGACACGGCCAUCAUUUACCCCGAAGCCCCCGAGGAACUGUCUCGCCUUGGCACUCCAGAGGCCAAUGGGCAAGAAGAAAAUGACCUGCCACCUGGAACUCCAGAUGCCUUCGCCCAACUGCUGACCUGCCCCUACUGUGACCGGGGCUACAAGCGCCUGACGUCCCUCAAGGAGCACAUCAAGUACCGCCACGAGAAGAACGAGGAGAACUUCUCGUGCCCUCUCUGUAACUACACGUUUGCCUACCGCACCCAGCUCGAGCGGCAUAUGGUGACACACAAGCCAGGGACAGAUCAGCACCAAAUGCUGACCCAGGGAGCAGGCAAUCGCAAGUUCAAAUGCACUGAGUGUGGCAAGGCCUUCAAAUAUAAACACCAUCUGAAGGAACACCUGCGAAUUCACAGUGGUGAAAAACCGUACGAGUGUCCAAACUGCAAGAAACGUUUCUCCCACUCUGGCUCCUACAGUUCGCACAUCAGCAGCAAGAAGUGUAUUGGUUUGAUCUCUGUCAAUGGCAGAAUGAGAAACAAUAUCAAGACGGGUUCUUCUCCUAACUCUGUAUCUUCCUCUCCUACUAAUUCGGCCAUUACACAGCUGAGAAACAAGCUGGAGAAUGGCAAACCACUUAGUAUGUCUGAACAAACAGGCCUACUGAAAAUUAAAACAGAACCACUAGAUUUCAACGAGUACAAGGUUCUUAUGGCCUCACAUGGGUUUAGUGCAACUAGUCCUUUUAUGAAUGGUGGACUUGGAGCAACCAGCCCCUUAGGAGUUCACGCUUCUGCUCAAAGUCCGAUGCAGCACUUAGGUGUAGGGAUGGAAGCACCGUUGCUUGGGUUUCCUGCAGUGGGCAGCAAUUUAAGCGAGGUGCAGAAGGUCCUACAGAUUGUGGACAACACGGUUUCCAGGCAGAAAAUGGACUGCAAGGCUGAAGAGAUCUCCAAGUUGAAGGUUUACCAUAUGAAGGAUUCAUGCCCUCAAGCUGAGGAACAAGGAGUUACCUCCCCCAAUAUUCCCCCCGUGGGUCUUCCAGUAGUAAGUCAUAAUGGUGCCACUAAAAGUAUUAUUGACUAUACAUUAGAGAAAGUCAAUGAAGCCAAAGCUUGCCUCCAGAGCUUAACCACAGACUCGAGGAGGCAGCUCAAUAACAUUAAAAAAGAGAAGCUGCGAACCCUAAUAGACCUGGUAACUGAAGACAAGAUGAUAGAGAACCACAACGUAUCCACUCCAUUUUCAUGCCAGUUCUGUAAAGAAAGCUUUCCUGGUCCCAUUCCGUUGCAUCAGCAUGAGCGUUACCUGUGUAAAAUGAAUGAAGAAAUCAAGGCAGUCCUUCAGCCUCACGAGAACAUGGUUCCCAACAAACCUGGAGUGUUUGAUAAGCAAACCCUCUUGCUGUCAUCAGUACUUUCUGAGAAAGGAAUGACUAGCCCCAUCAACCCAUACAAGGACCACAUGUCUGUACUUAAAGCAUAUUAUGCUAUGAAUAUGGAGCCCAACUCUGAUGAACUACUGAAAAUUUCCAUUGCCGUUGGCCUUCCUCAGGAAUUUGUGAAGGAAUGGUUUGAACAAAGAAAAGUCUACCAGUAUUCGAGUUCCAGGUCACCAUCACUGGAAAGAGCCAGUGCCAAGGUGGCGCUGGCUGCCACCAACAACACUGCCACUAAAGACUCUUUGUCAGCCAGGUCUCCAAUAAAGCCUGUGGACUCUAUAACGUCACCAUCUAUAGCUGAACUCCAUAACAGUGUUACUAAUUGUGAUACUCCUCUCAGGCUAACAAAACCUCCUCAUUUUACCAAUAUUAAACCAGUUGAUAAAUUGGACCACUCUAGGAGCAAUACUCCUUCUCCUUUAAAUCUUUCUUCCACAUCUUCUAAAAACUCCCACAGUAGUUCUUACACUCCAAACAGUUUCUCUUCUGAGGAGCUUCAGGCUGAGCCUUUGGACUUGUCUUUACCAAAACAAAUGAAGGAACCCAAAAGUAUAAUAGCCACAAAGAACAAAACGAAAGCUAAUAGUGUAAAUUUAGAACACAACAGUGUUUCUUCAUCAUCUGAAAACUCAGAUGAGCCACUGAACUUGACUUUUAUCAAGAAGGAGUUUUCUAAUUCAAAUAAUCUGGAUAAAAGCACUAACCCGGUAUUUGGUAUGAACCCCUUCGGUGCCAAACCUUUAUACACAACACUUCCACCACAGAGCGCAUUUCCCCCAGCCACUUUCAUGCCACCGGUCCAGACCAGUAUUCCUGGGCUGCGACCAUACCCAGGACUAGAUCAGAUGAGCUUCCUACCACAUAUGGCCUAUACCUACCCAACUGGAGCAGCUACUUUUGCCGAUAUGCAGCAAAGGAGAAAGUACCAGCGGAAACAAGGAUUUCAGGGAGAAUUGCUUGAUGGAACCCCAGACUACAUGUCCGGCCUCGACGACAUGACGGAUUCCGACUCCUGUCUGUCGCGGAAGAAGAUCAAGAAGACGGAAAGCGGCAUGUACGCGUGUGACUUAUGUGACAAGACAUUCCAGAAGAGCAGCUCCCUGCUGCGACACAAAUAUGAGCACACAGGAAAAAGACCACACCAGUGUCAGAUUUGCAAGAAAGCAUUUAAACACAAGCAUCACCUGAUCGAGCACUCGCGCCUGCACUCCGGGGAGAAGCCCUACCAGUGCGACAAGUGCGGCAAGCGCUUCUCGCACUCGGGGUCUUACUCGCAGCACAUGAAUCACAGGUAUUCCUACUGUAAGAGAGAGGCAGAGGAGAGGGAAGCAGCCGAGCGGGAAGCCCGUGAAAAGGGUCACUUAGAGCCCACUGAGCUACUGAUGAACCGGGCCUAUUUGCAGAGCAUCACACCCCAGGGGUACUCUGACUCAGAGGAGAGAGAAAGCAUGCCGAGAGACGGCGAGAGCGAAAAGGAGCACGAGAAGGAAGGAGAAGAUGGGUAUGAGAAGCUGGGAAGGCAGGAUGGGGAUGAGGAGUUUGAGGAAGAGGAGGAGGAGAGCGAAAAUAAAAGUAUGGAUACGGAUCCAGACACGAUAAGAGAUGAAGAGGAGACUGGCGAUCACUCAAUGGACGAUAGUUCGGAAGAUGGGAAAAUGGAAACCAAAUCAGAUCACGAAGAAGACAAUAUGGAAGAUGGCAUGUAAUAAACUACUGCAUUUUAAGCUUCCUAUUUUUUUUCCAGUAGUAUUGUUACCUGCUUGAAAAAAACACUGCUGUGUUAAGCUGUUCAUGCACGUGCCUGAUGCUUCCAGGAAGCCUGUAGAGAUGGACUUAAAGGGGCAGUUCAGCCAAGACAGAAAUUAGAUGGGAGUUUGAGCUGGGUAUCGUUAAGAACUGCAUUAUGCAAAAUUUUUGUACAGUGUUAAAGGCCUAAAAACUGUGUGGUUCAGAGACUAAAUCCUGUGUUUAAUAGCAUUUAUACUUUAAGCACAAACUAGUAAAAGAAAAGAAAAAAAAUACACACAAAAAAAAAACCACAAAGAAAAAAGAUUAAACAAAGCAACCAACCAACCCCCAAUUGUACGAAUUGCACUCGACUUAUAUAUCACUACAAACUUUAAAAAAAAAAACAAAACAAAACAAAACAAAAA